GUUGGGGAGUGUCACCUUCUAAGGAAGAGCAAAGUGGGGAGAAAAGAGAAAAUAAUAACUUGUUUUGAAUCAUUAACUUUAGCAUUAAGAAAGUGUAACGAAUCCUUAAUGUUAUGGUGUGAAAAUUUUAUCUGGUUGCCAAUUUGUAAUUAGUUUCUGUGUGUUUUUUUGUCGUUAUAAUUUAUUUAUUUUACUUGGGUGGCGUGAUCAUUUUUUUUAACAACUUUUCCUUUUUGUGAUAAUAACGUGAUCGUUCAAGCUAUUUUCAACCAGAAUAUACCGAUAUUGCUUUUAUGAUUCAUUGCUCACCAAAAAUAACUUCUGACUACUGAAGCAAACGUUUUUUUACUACAUUUAAAACUACUAGUCGUUAGCCCGUUGAAAAUCCACGGGUUCGCCCGUCCUUUAUAUACCGCAUCGCGUGCUUCUCGCUAUUGCGCAGCUAAGCUACCAUUUUGCGUGUCAGACAGCCGGACGGACGGGCGGACAGACGUAUACGGGCAUUAUAAUAUAGAUAAAGAAAAUAAAGUAACUAUCAAUUAAGACACUAUAAAUUUAUUAUAUUUCAUGUUGCAAAUCAAUGUGCCUUGAUGCAAUAAAAGAACUGCAACGCCUCAAGUCACUUUCCUUGAACUGUGCACCCCUUUGAAGGCUUUGUAAGGGUGUGACGCUAAGAAAAACGAAUCCUAUAGAGCAUACAUUAUAAGAUAGCAAAUGCAAAGUGUAAUUGUUUGUAACCUAAGUACCAACCUCGUCCCAGAAUUAUUAUUCCUCAACGUUACUGCGCUUUAAGUAGUUAGCGAAAUCACCACUACCAAGGCAAAAUGUCCUGGAGUCGAGCUUGUGUUGAUAUGCAACGUUUUUAUUUUACAUUUUGUUUUAGCUACAUUAUAUUUGUUUGCCAGUUCAUACAGCCUCAAUAAAACGGAUAAAAGUGAUGAACGUUUUUAUUUUACAUUUUGUUUUAGCUACAUUAUAUUUGUUUGCCAGUUCAUACAGCCUCAAUAAAACGGAUGAAAGUGAUGAAUAUUCUAACGUUUGCCCAUUUAAACGAAUCAUGGACCACUUGUUUAUUGAUGCUGAAAAGAGCUUACUUGCUGUAAGACAUUUAAAAGCGAAACUGGUUGAUGGGUACAGCUUUAAAAAGAAUAGAGGAAGAAAAUCCUACAAAUUAACUUCAGUGUAUGUUCAGUCCAUGAAAAUAUUCCAAGACUUUGAUGUGACUGAAAGAAUGGAUUUUGACUCAAAUGUCGUGAGUGAAUAUUUACAAACAUUUCACAACAUUACGAGACACCAAACGAAGUCAACCUUACCUUAUCUGGUGGAGAUGAAGAAAGUUAUAAAAAGAUUAUUUAUACAUAAAUAUCAACUGGAAUUAAGGAAAAAGCAACUCCUAAAACCCCCAUGCCUUGGGAGAGAAUACCAUGUGAAAUUAUGGCGAAGAUUUGUUCCGAAGUUUCAUGCAUGCUGUAAAAAUAAAUCAGAUCAAGUCCUAAGGAUUGUAGAAGAUGUCGAGAUCAUUUUCACGAUUAGGAAGUCUUGGCUUUUUAUGAAAGGAGAAAGCAACUACUGA